GUGCUUUUGUAGUUGUAGGACUUGAUUCUACUUCAAUAAGUUUCAGUGGUGAAGAUAAUCAUUUAGAUUCUUGUAUUCUAAAACUGAAAGUCAGAAAACUUCUGGCCCUAUACAUUGUACAUAUAUUUCCUGAAGAAUUAAAUAGCAAAAUGGCAAACUUUAUUACUAUAACUGCCCCAACAACAUUAGAUGAUGCAAUUUUUUGUGCAAAAAAGGUUGAAGCCAAAGAAUAUUAUGGUAAACAAACAUCACAACAAGCCCUUCAACAAACUGGGAGUGAUAUGGAAACCCUACUAAAAGCAAUAAAUGGAAUGUCAAUCGAUUACCCAAUAUG